AUGUCAGCGACAAGCACUACGGUAGUGCACAUUGAGGAUCAUAACCGCUCUCGAGCGUCAUUGUCCACUACGGUGUCUACCACUGCACACAAUGAUUCGGUGGAAUCUUCAUCACAGCAGCAACAUCAAAAUGAAUUGGACCAAAAACAGCAACAAGCACCAUCAUCACUACCAGCAAGUCUCCCGCUAUGGAAACGGAUCCUCUCCAUCUCGAUCCGUUUAUUUAAGCAAUAUUGGUUCCUAUUAGGCUUGGGAUUGGUGAUUGGACUUGCGUGGGCAUUUCCACAAGUAGGCAAAGCGAAUGGUAUCAUUGAAGCACAAUACACUGUAAAGUGGGGUGCUGUCAUUGUGAUCUUUUUACUCUCUGGAUUGGGCUUGGAAGUCCGAGUGAUGCUGCAUACGAUCCUCCGAUGGCGUCUUCAUCUCGUUGUCCAGGUCAUCAAUUUCAUCUUCAUGCCAUUCUUCAUGUAUGGCAUUGUGCGGUUCUUUAUCAAAGUGGGUGCCAAUUUGGAUGGAUCCGUGUAUCAAGGUUUUUUGAUUGCCAUGUCAACAAGCACUACGGUUUCUUCCAACGCUGUCAUGACUCGCAAUGCCAAUGGCAACGAUAGUGGAGCUCUCGUCAAUGCAGCAUUGGGAAAUGUGCUUGGUAUCUUUAUUUCACCCGCCUUGAUCACAGUAUUUGGCGAUGACAGCAAGGUGUUUACCCCUGGCACUCGUGGGCGGCCCGAUUAUGUCAAUGUACUCAAGAACUUGGGUUUGACUGUACUCUUACCACUUGUGGUGGGCCAAGUGAUCCGCUACCUCUUUCCCAAACAAGUCAAGUAUCUUCAAGCCAAGUUGCAUUUUUCCAUCAUCAAUAGCCUUGCCCUCUUGUGCAUGGUGUGGUCGGUCUUUUGUGAUGGCGUAGCAAGCGAUGCAUUCUUUAGGAUGAGCGGCGUUGAUAUUGUUUCCAUUGUCGGUGUUGAUUUAUUCAUGUACUUGCUGGGUUGUGCGACAUGUAUCUUUGUUGCCAGGGCACCAUGGAUCAAGAAUCAAAAAAUGGAAGAACCCAACAUGCUUAAAAAAUGGCGAUUCUCAUGGAAGGAUACCGUGGCCAUCAUGUAUUGCGGUGCAACAAAGACUGUGUCAAUGGGUAUCCCCUUGAUCAAUGUCAUGUAUGCUGAUCAAGAUUAUGGUACAGUGGGUGUUCUCUCGUUGCCACUUCUCUUGUACCACAUUAUCCAGUUGUUCGUUGGCAACUUUCAAGUACCAAUCUUGAAACGUUGGGUGCAAAAGAGCUUGGAUGAAGAAAAUUCGGCUGAUGAGCAUGAGUUGAUGACUGCUGUUGAACAGCAAUCGUUGCCUACAACAAUGACUAACCGCCGUCGCCAGCCAACAUCAACAUCCGAAGCACCCCCACCAUCAUCCCCGUAG